AUGGCGGAAGUGGUGUCGUUGCAGCUGGAGGAGGAUCAGUCGGGCGAAGAAGCCAUGAUGCAAGAUUUCGUUCGGCUGCACAUGAUGAGUAUGCUGCAGCCUUUUGCAGAAAGGGUCCAGGUCAUCCAGGAGCAUGUGAAACUGCUCCAAGAUGCGCAGCAUCAAAGCUUGGGGCAGGUGAAGCACCUCGAGGGCUGUUCUGCUGCGCAAAGCGAAGAGCUUCAGAAGCUAAGCGAAGAGGUGCAGAGACACAAGGAGCAGCUGGAGGCCCAGCAGCUGGAGUUGGCCACGGUGAAGAAGGAGCGAAAUCGCCUCGAGGGAAACCACGAGAUCACCAAGGCCUCCGUGGCGAAGGCCCGCGAGAUGGCGGAGGAACUGGCAGAGCUGGUGGAAAAGCUGAGGGAACAGCAGAAAGGAAGCAUGGAGAAGCUGGAACUUUGUCACACAGAAUGGCAAGAGCUGGACAAGAGAUUGGUUGAGCGCUUUGAUACUCGUCUCGACAAGCAGGGGCGAGUUUGCAAAGAGCUGAAUGAAAAGCAGUUGGAGCUGCAGAAGAACCACCUCUCCUUAUCCUUGGAGGCCUUAAAAGAGGGCCUUGAGACCAGUUCCAGAGGCCAUCAAGCCGCAGCGCACGAGCUGCGCGAGGAACUUGAAGGACUCAAGGAAGAAUUACUGCAACGAAGCAAAGCCUGGGCAGACACCAACAGAGAGGUGCAUCAUUUGCAAACCUGGGCGGAAGAAUUGAGACAGUUGCAGCAGCUCACUGAGAAGCAGGACGUGGCCCAAGCUGAGCUGCAGGCCCAGCAGCAGCGCUUAGCGCAGCUGGAGCAGCGACUCUCCGACAUCCUGCUGCGACCGGACCACGAGGGCUCGGCACUUCGAGACGAGCUGGAGCUGGUGCAGAAGCAGCUGCAACAAUUCUCGGCUGAGGUGCUAAAAGGCAAAGAUCAGCAGAAAGCACACGUGGACCUCCUGAGCAGCGCGAGCAAUCGCUUGCACGAUCUUGAGGGCGAACUGCCGCGGCUUCACGAGCAGCUGAAUGAAUGCAAAGGAGAGGUGGAGGACUUGGCCACCUGGCGAACUGACAGCUCUCAAGUGUUGCAGGGCACUCAGCGGUCGCUCUCCCGUGCCGAAGCGCAACUUGGUGAGAUGCAGGGCCGAGUGAAAGAACUUGGCACUGGCUAUGAGGAGGUGCGGCAAGAGCAGGGCAGCACCAGAGAAAGUCUUACUAAGAUGAGCGUUGAGACCUCAAAGGGUUAUGAGCCCAACAUUGGGGCGCUGAACUCCGACGGUCAUGGCGAGGUCCCUGUCGGUGCCAUGCAGGGGACCGGGCAAUGUCAAUCCGUUCUACUCCGACAAGGUCCAAAGCGAACUCCGUCUUCAAGAACUGAGGCCUGGAAAUUUGCCUGCUGA